GGGUGAGUCUAAUGUUAUAAGCCAAACGGUAGUACUCGGUUGGCUUAUUCACUUAAGUGAUUAAGUCGCACUUAGUUAGUUUUUGUCUUAAAUGAAUGCACUGAAUGGAUCAAAACGACGGUUGGUGGGGGGGCUGGUUGCAGCAAAGUUUCCAGGCUGUCAAAGAUAAGUCGGCAGAAGCCUAUGAGUUCAUAAAACGUGACCUGACUGAGUUCUCCAACGUAGUGCAACACGACACGGCAUGCAGCAUCGCUGCCACAGCCAUCGCUGUGCGGGACAAACUAGCAGUGGAAGGAUCCUCAGAUACAACAGAUAAAGUUAAGAAAAGCCUUUCCAAUAUUUUGGGGGUGAUAACAGACACCUUGGUUCCCCCACCGGACAAAACCAUCGACUGUAAUGUCAUCACACUGGUGGCGACCCCAGAGGGGACCACAGAGGUGUAUGACAGCACCAAGGCCCGUCUCUACAGCCUGCAAGCUGACCCGGCCACUUACUGCAGUGAGCCAGAUGGACCUCCAGAGCAGUUUGAAGGCUGGCGCUCCAGCUUCAGUCUGGAGGAGAUGAAAGGGGAGAUAUCUGAACUUCUGGUCAGCAGCCCCUCCAUACGUGCCCUCUACGCCAAAAUGGUCCCUGCAGAGGUUUCUCACUUUGAAUUCUGGCAGCGGUACUUUUACAAAGUAUUUCAGAUAGAUCAGGAGGAGACCAGGAGAGCGGCGCUGAAACAGAGAGCGGAGAAGAGCACUGACUCAGAGGGGCUGGACUGGGAGGAAGAGGAAGGUGAGUUCAUGGUGGCCACUUUCUCAUCCGGCUUGGGCUUGAAGUCCCAGGAGGCAUCGUGCUUUCCACCGGUCGCCGCUGCCGCAGCCCCGCCUGUUCUGACCCUGGCGCCCGGGCCCCUGAUGUUGUCAGAGAUGCUCGGGUUCGGACGGGUCCCUGCUGACGAGGAGCUGGCCCAGAGGCUCACGGAGGCCAGUCUUGAGGAGCCAGGUCCGGACCGGGACCCCACAGUGACAGGGGAGUCCAGCCUGGAGGAGGUAGAGCUAGCAUCCGCUACAAAGACUCUGGGAGGGGAAGGAUCACAUGACCUGAGGGUUUACGAGCUCAACUCUGACAGUGGGAAGUCCAGCCCCUCUAUCAGUGGCAAGGAAGGGUGUAGUACAGACGUCAGUGAGGACUGGGAGAAGGAUUUCGACCUGGACAUGACAGAAGAGGAAGUCAAAUUGGCGCUCUCGAUGAACACAGAUGGAGAGCUGGAUGAUGAAGACUGGGAGAACUGGGACUGAGGACCGUGGGGUCUCUCCCGGGUAAAGCAGGCUGAAGAUAAAGCAGGCUGAAGAUGUAGCUUCCCAUACCGGCUUCUCUCUUAUGUGCACAGGAAAGCGUGGACCACCGGAACGAUUCGGGCCAUUUCUCUAUAUGUCACCUGCCCCACUAAUCCAGGGGAAUAACUUGGGAUCGCUGCUGGGCAGGAGGGAGGGGCUGCAGAGCUGUCAUCCCGCAUCUCCUGCUCCAGGCGCUAAUCAUUGUUGUCAUGGUGAUAACGGGAACAGCCCGUUGGAGUACGCUGGCUGCGUUUCCGUUUGGGAGCUGAGGUGAACUCAGCCGAGAGCUCCAGGAAACGGUAGUUGUCAGCCGUAAAUGAGGCUACUAAUGUGAACCAUCUGUGGGUGUGGCUGAUGAGUUGAUCGGCUGGUUGAAAUAUUAGUAAAUUCUAUUUAAAAUGAAAUUAUAUUCAAAUAAUUACCUGCAACCUGGCAGGUCCCUUAGUGUCCUUGACUUUUGGGUGGUUGCUGUCCUCAUUAAAUGCUUAAUUUCUACAGUACAAAAAUUGCAAUGUGCUGUCUGAUUCAGUCUUGAGAAAGGAAAGUAAUUAAAAUGAAAAGUACUGGCAAGCCCAUUAUUUUUAAUUGGAGGUGAAUAAUGCUCUUGUCAGCACUUCGAAUAUGCCGCAUAAAUAUUUCAAUAACUUUAUGAAAAUGUGUUUAGCAGUAUUGUGCAACCAAUUGCAAUUUAAGAAGUUUGGCAACAUUACAGCAGUACAUCUUUCCUAGCUUUUUAAAUAACUUGCAUUGGCUCCGCAUAAUAUACUGUAUCUUUGUAGCUGUCACGUUACUCCUUAUGUUUUCAUAUUAGAGGGCGGAUCGCAAGGUUGUCCAUGGCAUGAUUCUCUUCACUCCAUGGCAGGAGUUAAUUUGAACGGGUUGACCCAUUGGUAAUGGAAAUCAAUGUGCAAAUGUUUUCUCUGAAGUGGUGGAUCUUUGAUAGCAGAAAAUAAUUUUGCAUUGCAUAUUCAGUAGCGUGGAGGCCAGCAUUGCUAAUGGAAUUAUAGCCAUUUAAACUGUCACUUAAGAUUGCUGCACUUAAAUCUAAAUUGAACUCUCAAUAAGGGAACAAUAUUUGGUAUAUAAAUCAUUGAUUCGUGUGGAUUUUAUCCUUGAAAUAUUGUUGACUAUAACUGAAAAAUAAUUAAAAUAGCAAUACAGCUUGUGUAGGCAAAUCAUUAAAUAUAAAUAACCUCCAUUACUGUCUCUAAUGCUUAAGCUGCAGAUUGCAGUUAAUAGUCUAAAUCUCAGUAUGGUGAUGAAUGAUGUAUCAAGCAGUUUGAUUUGUUGCUGUGUUUUAUCUUUACCUAUCAAGAACAUGGUCUUCUGUUUGUUGAAAUAACAUUGUUUUGUCCUGUGUCAUAAUGAUCUGCUAUAUGUCCAUAACUUGUAGCAUAAUAAUGUAUGGACAAGCAAGUUAUUAUGGGAUGUAAUUAUGCUGGAUAGCGUCCAGUCUAAGGGCACAUCGUACUACUCCAUGUUAAAUUUUUUUUUAAUUAUAUUGCACUGGCGUACAUUAUAAGAAUGGCUUGUAUGCCUCUGUUCUGUGCUGUUGAGGCAGCGGAGUGAUGCCAAGACAGUGUCAUGUGACAUUCCUUUCAUUUACCAGGCCAUUCUGCCAGGGUGCGUUUGGGUCAUAUUACCUCAGAAAGGGUCCCGUUUUAACGUGGGAGUAAUAUGGAAACAUUUACCUUUUAUUUUAACAUGGACAUUUUUAUCUAGAAAUGAUGAUAAUAUUUUCAGACAUGGACACCUGUGCAGAAUUUGUUAGCUAAUGCCUGCUAAUGCUAGUUAGUGUCUGGAACUUGGAGGCUGAUUAUCAACCGCCUAACUACUAACUAGUUGGUGAUAAGGUGGUGGGAAAAUCUAUAUUGAGUGUAGUCUGUUUCUCUUUCCUGGUUUAGCCUGAAAAGGUAGUACUAAAUUAUUGCAAGCAGAUGUUUCUUAGUUACAUCUUACAAUUUCAGUCACUUUUGUAAUGCACAGGCAGCUGAACAGUCCUGUUGAAUUUUUUUUCCACACUGUUUGUGUGUUCAUAUUGUAAUAACCAUGGAUUACCAAGCCUGGAUUAUUCAAGUGGCAGAGAAUUAACAAUUGAGACAAUGGGGUGUGGGGGUCAUAGAGUCUAGCUGCUGUGGUGUGUUUUCUUUCACUUAUUAAUGGAUUUGAGCAAAUUGAAUAUUUAUUUUAUUCAUACAUUUCAUUCUAAGCUUAGCCCUCACUAAAAAUAAAUGAUAUUGUUCAAAUAUAGAUAAUAUAAUGAAAUAUGAUUUAAAAAAUGUAAUAUAAUAAAUGUGAUGGUAAAUCCACUCACAGUUGAAUGCAACCAAUGAGCUAAUAUUUAAAGGGCUGCUUAAUUUCUACUGUUAUAAUUUAUACAUAGUGUAUUAGCACUCCAAAGCAAUUGCAUGGGAUACCUGUGUGUUUCUCUGUUUUUUAUUCUCUCUCUUUUUGCUGCUUGCUAGUACAGCAUCAGUGUUAGUUUCAGGUGAUUGUAUGUAACUUGCAUGUCUUGUGUGUGUACUAAAGUAUGUUGUUUAUACGUAUGUCCACUUGCAUAAUGCACUUUUAAGAUUAAGUGGCUUAAAGCUGUUUUUAUAAGUAUCUCUCUAUUUUCCUAAUGAUCAUUAUCAUUAAAACCAAAUCCAUGCA